AUGAAUGCUGAAUGGGUUUGGGCGACCAUCCCGGAACAACGCACCAGCUCAACCCGCCCAGAACCGAAAGGCCGCGACCAGUCCACGUCGACCUGUCGGCCUGAAGCAUGCAAGAUGUCUGGCGGUGACGAGCAGGGUUUUGAUGUCCGGUAUCGCGACCCGCCUCCGUUUGGGCGACAAUCGUCGGCUCCGGCAUUUGGCCAGUCUGUCAAUGGUCACACUACCACUUCUUUAGAUGACUCGCCGACCGUCUCUUUCUCCCAGGCACAAUCAUCGCCGUAUUCUCCACCGUCGGGCUUCAUUCGACCCCAUAAUCCUCCCACUUCCACGAAUCACCGGUCGUCGGGCGAUCAAUUGGAAGAUCGUAGAGGGGAGUCUCCAGACCCUGCUGACUAUUAUCGCCAGCGUGGAUCCCUGCCAGGGACUUCAUCCAAUGUAAGAGAGGAGUUCGGCGAUGUAAGAACGGGCAUGGCUGCGGCCGAAUAUCCUGCAGUCGGUGACAAAGUGUCCCCCCUGCCAACAAACAUGUUGGAGUCAUCGCGCACUAGACGUCAACCAUAUCGUUCAACCUCCGAUUCUCCAACAUUAGGAGCUUCCUCGGCCAACAUACCCCCGUUGCACGCGAAUGCAAGGUCACGACAGCCGUCGUUCAAAGAUCUUGUCAACAAGUUCAACAAAACCUCCGAUCAGAUACUCCCUUUGCCCUCUGUUUCUCGUUCAACCUCAAGGGCACCGAGCCCUUCCGGAAGUAUUGACGGGGAGCGAAAUCGGGUGCUGCCACGGCGUCGUCAGUAUCGUGAUUCUCUACCAGAGUCGAUCACCAGCAAUCCCCGAGCGCUUGUUGAUUCGACCCCAUCGUCGCCAGAGAGAGAUAGAUUCGGUCCGCCUCUAGAUACAAAGAGCGCUAUUCCGCCGCCUCUGUUCCAAAGGAUCACGGAUUCGCAUCCCCGUCGGCCAUUGUUUGGUGAACUGUCGCCAAUCAACACACAGGUUAACAACGGAGCCCUAUUGCGUAUACAACAACGCCGCGGGUCGGAUGGAAGUAUUCCAAGCCCAAAUCCAGCCUUCUUCGAGCAUCGCGAUCAAUAUCCCUCAAAAACACCACUCACACCUACUGCAUGGUAUCUUGGACACACAACUUCCUUGGAGGCAGUCCACACCGGGAUAAACAGCACCGGCAAACAUCGCCGAGCUCAAAGUGACUUGGAUAAAAUAAGAGAGCCCCUUGCAGAACCGUGGAAUCCUGAAAUGGCGGUACCUGCGCCCUUGCGGCAGACCAAGCCCGGUCAUGGAUCGCCCCCGGGCAGUCCAAAUUCCAAGUCUCGCAUUCCUGUCUCCUCGCACCGUCUCGUCACUGCUCCCGGUCCCGAAAGCUUAUCCGCAUCCUCCAAUCCAACCUUCAGCAGCCGAUCCGCCGCCAUUACCUCGCCGCCCAGGGGCAGUAGCCGCCUUCCUAUUCUGUCACCUAAACAAAGUCCUCCCCGCAUGCCAGCAGAUGAUCCCGCUUCGUUCGCGACAACCUCGCGUGGUAGACGGGAUCUAGCAAUCGGCCGAACCCGCAAUCAAUUAUCUGAAUCCAGUCGCCGACUUCAAGCCUACAUCGCUGAGCCGCCGCCUAAAAAGUCGCCUCCGUUGCGCAGUUCACGACCCCGACAACCCGUCUCACAUGGUGCCGCGGUCUCCCCACGCUCCAAAAUUGGAGAUAGAGUUUUGAAUUUACAAAAACGCGCCACCCACAACAACUCGCGGUCUCGUCCAGAACGCAAAUUACCUGAAUUGGGCAAGGUUGAUUUUGAUGCUCGUCGCCGGCACAUUCAACAGGCAAUCAACCGACACUCAAGCAACCCGGGUGUUCAAGAGAAUCAGAAUGACAGAGGACCGGACAAGUCAACUGCUGCAAAGCUUCGACGUCACGCUUUGGUGCGAGAGCAGGAGACGCAUGAAGAUUUCAAGCAAUCGAUGGAUGGACCUACAAUUACACCUAGCCUGCCUGUGACCAACGCCCCGUCAUCCGAUGAGAUGGCUACGAUGGUCAAAGACUCGACCGGCUCGGUCGAGUAUAAGGAAAGUAGGGUUCAGGCUGUUCCUAGGCUGCACCUCAACACUGCCCUGCCGGCAUCGGAUAUGGCAACGCCCCACACAACAAUGGACUCUCCCACUCUUGGCCUCCCACAGGGUGUGAAUUCAACGACUUCAGGUGAAGGACGGCCUGUCAAUGAUGACCCGACCCACUCGGGUGCCACAUCAGACUCCGACGAUACCCAUGUCACUACUUUUGAUCCGGAGCCGCAGUCCGGGCUGUUGCAGCGCAAUCCCAGCGUUUCUCAUCGGACUAUUCUGGAUCAAAUAAUGCAAAUCCGCGAGUGCAGCCCGAGCGACGACUCAUGCGACGAACCUGAUUGCAGUCUUUCAGAGAACGACGAUAGAGAGUCCAUCCGGAUUAUGCUUGGAGGUACGACCUACUACAAUUCGUCUAGUAGCACGAAUACUCAAGAGCCCGAGCGUGCGUCAAUGCACCAGGCUCAAAAUGAGACUCAUGCUCACAACCGAUGGAGCAUGGGUUCAUGGUCUUCUGGACAAAACCAACAUUCCACCUGUGACGAGCAUUGCGAUGAGAGUGGAGAUGAUUCUCUGCUACGAGGCCGUGAGACGGAACCACCAACUGAAACUUGUUCAGCUGUCUCAACAAGGCCAGCUUCAAUAGCGGACGAUGAAUCACCAUCCCCAGUUCAGGAUCACGGCGUGAUGGGGCCGAACACACUUCAAGCGUCUGAACAGUUUCGGCCCAAUGCCUUCUCUACUCCACCAACCUUGGCUAGAUUAGGCAGAUGGGAUUCGAAGCGUGUCACUCAGCUCUAUCUGGAGGAGUUGACGCGAGGCAGGAGCCACCACCUUGACUCAGCAAUUUACACCUCGUCCGAGCCUCGAUCUCAUCCCACAAAUACACGUACAGAUGGGAGACCCGAUAGUCUGACUGACGAUCCAGUCGUCGUGCCAGGAUUCAAGGAUUUCCAUGCCUCAGAGAGACUUUCACACACGGCUAGUUUGGUUGGACGUGAUGAUUGGGAACAUGCAUCUCCCUCCAUCAUGGACUGGAUGCAGAUUGCUGCCGAAGAUGAUGCUAUGACCCCCGACACCGAAACCGAUGGCAUGCGUACUGAAGGAGUGCUCACCCCCGCCUGGCGCCUUCGGCAACCCACGACGCUGGCGCAUCGAACACGAACAAUGGCCUCGGAUACCCAGGUUGCGCCUAGAGCUGUGGGACACAGCCCGGGCAGCAGUCAGGACUCUUCUUUCCGAAAUUUGGAGUCUAUUCAAUCUCCCGUGGCCGCUGACUCCUCCGCUACUUCACUUGUUCCGUCCACUGAGCAAACUAUUCGGGUUGAGCCGAAGGAUUCGCCUUCCCCGGAACAACGACGUCUUAAGAAGCGGCGUCACAUAAUCAAAGAACUUGUUGAUACGGAACACACCUUUGGUCAUGAUAUGAUAAUCAUUGAGGACAUCUACAAGAGUACCUCCCUCACGGUAUUGGAUCCCGAAGAUGUCAAGGUUCUCUUCGGCAAUUCCGAUCAAGUCGCAGCCUUCUCCGACAAGUUCUUGUAUGAUCUCAAGCAAGCAGCUCAAAGCAUCUACGUCAUUCCAAAGGCUCUGCGAUGGACCAGCAAGCGAAAGCGCAAUAAUCAGCCUACCGAGUCCGCUACCCCAGAAGGCGAUGAAGUAGCCGAGCUUGCAGGAAUGUCGGAGCUCGAAAAAGAUCGCGCGACCUCUGUCGGUCAGAUUUUUGUCGCCCACAUGGGGAAGAUGGAAAAGGUGUACACCGAAUACCUGAAGAACCAUGAUGCCGCAAACAAGAAACUUCAGGUCGUGCAGCGUAACGCAAAAGUGGGCUUUUGGCUGAGCGAAUGUCAGAAGGGUGCUAUGGAUCUCACGACCGCCUGGGAUUUGGACUCUUUGCUCGUUAAACCAGUGCAAAGAAUCUUGAAGUAUCCCCUUAUUCUCCGCGACCUAUUGGAGUCCACACCAAACGACCACCCGGACCGAGCGGCAAUUGCCAGUGCCCUGGAAGAAGUUACAAAUGUUUCUCAUCGCAUCAACGAAAUGAAGAAACGAGUAGACCUUGUUGGUCAAGCUGUCGGUCGAAAGCGCAACCAGUCCGAUGUGCGUACCGGUCUGUCUAAGGCCUUUGGUCGCCGCACGGAGAAGUUCAGACAGCAAGUUGGCCUCUCCGACUUGUUUGAAGACAAAACCUAUGAUUCGCUAGCGCAAAAACUUAGCGACGGCUAUUUCCAGUUGCAGGUUGUCAUGCGUGACGCUGAGAGUUACUCCAGGGAUGUGCAACUCUAUGUGAACCAGUUCAACGAGUAUGCUGAUUCGAUCGAAGAGAUUAUUGGCAUGUCGCCUUCUCCGUAUCCACAGUUGGAGAGCAAGUGGCAUCAGUUCAAGAUGACAGUUCAGGAACUUGUGUCGACUGCUCUCCCAGAACAUCUUGCUGUCGUUCGUAAAACGGUCAUCGAUCCGAUGGUUGAACUACUAGGACUUUACAAUGCACCCCAGCGAGUCAUGCGGAAGCGUGACAAGCGACUCCCGGAAUAUGCACGCUACAAAGCCAUCAAAGACCGUGGCGACAAACCUGACAAAAAGACUGUCGAGCAGGGCGAGCAGUUCCUGGCUUUGAACGAUACUUUGAAGGAUGAAUUGCCUAAACUUUAUGCGUUGACUUCCAAAUUGAUGGCAGCGUGUCUGAAGAAUUUCAUCGAAAUUCAAACUGUGUGGUACAGUGUUCUACAGAAAAAGAUUGGUGCUCAUGUGGAAUUAUUCCCCAAUGACCUGGACAGGCUCAUCAGCGACUUCAAUAGUGACCACACUUUGAUGGAGGCACGAAUGGGGGAGCUAAGCUCUUGCAAUGGGGCGAUGAUGGCUCAUUCCCUCAAUUUGGUCCCCCUUUCACCCAGUGAGCAGCAAAACCCCAUGUCGCCUCGCCGUCCUUCUACGGUGAAUAGCUCAAAUGCCCGACCUGGGUCUAUGAACGAUGAUUCACCAAACGUUUCCCGGGAUUUCAGCGUCGGCAGCCAAUCAUUCCAGUCUCCCCAUAUGGAAAGCCACUCCAGCCGCAGUAGCCGUUACCGGGCUGAUUCCAUUCUAUCUGGCCGAGUCAUCCCAGACACCCCCAGUCAACUGCUGCAACAAGUCACCAGCUCUCCGGCCCCUGUGAGAACGAGCGAUGUCGAGCCUUUCCCAAGCCUGCCAAGACUCAGCCUAGACACACCUUUCCUCGAGGAUGUGAUUAACAGCUCCUCGCACUCGAGCAAUGCGCCAACCUCCCCGACUGAUCGAUACUCCGGAUUCUUCUCGUCCGCCAUGCCCAUGUCGGAUGUGCCAAGUGAUACUGUCGUGGAUGGUCACUUUGAACGCAGCCCCCCUCCCAUCGGCCCUGCGGUGUUGUUCUGCGCAGCGAGUGUGUAUGACUUUGACAUUGACGCUCGCACUGAGGGCGGAUAUCCCUAUCUGACCUACGCCUCCGGGGAUAUCUUCGACGUCAUAGGCGAGAAGGGCGAGCUCUGGCUUGCCCGCAAUCAGGACGAUGCCACUAGGACAGUUGGGUGGAUUUGGAACAAGCAUUUUGCCCGACUCAGCAGCUGAAUCAACGACCUCAUGCCAUGUUCUCGAUGUAUUCGUCAAUUGCUUUUCAAAAACCUGCAAGAAACAAACGAACACAAAGCCCAAAACACACAAAGGUUCCAUACUAACUACAGGAUAUUACAGGAUCAUAUUCCAUGUUUCUUUUGCCUGAUUUUUUUCUGAUCUGUCUUCAUAUUUCUUCAAAAUAAUACCCCCUAAAUACCAGGGCAAAACAAACGCAACUACACCAGUUGCAAUGUUGCUGCUUUGUUUCUUUGAUCUGCUUUGGCUUCAUUCGGCGUCAUCUCAUCUGAUGAUUUAUGGUUUUCUUUUCUAUUCAUCUCAGUUGCUUUGCUCUCAUUCCUGUUGUUUCUAUCUGAUCUCUGUCCAUUUCGUCCGAUCUUCGUUCCUUUCCUCCCAUCUCAGCGCAUGGUCUGACCCUCUUCUUCUACUGGAGCUCUGGGAUACACGUUUAGAUACCCCUCUUUCUUAUGAAUUA